UAUUUGAAAAUAAUUUUCACUACAAAAUUCACUCACUCACGGAGUACUUCUCAUUCCACUGUACACACUCUCAAGUCUCAACCUCUUGAGAUCAUCACCAUUAAACCCCCAACUCCCCCAAAAUAUAAAACCCUAAUUUGUCAAACAAUUUAUUAGAUUCAUUUGAAUUCACUGCCCAACUUCCACCAAUUCAAUUCAUAAACCUUUAAAACCCAAUUAUAUCUUUCCUUAAACUUUCUCUCUCCAACCCCUUCAAAAACCCUCAUUUUUAGAUCUGAUCAGCAACAAAAAUGGCAACUUUUACUACUUUGAUUGUUUUCUGUUUAACACUGCUGUUCUUCAAUUCCGACAAAUUCAAGCUUACCCAUGCAAAUGAAUUGUGUACCUCUUCAAAUUCUGGGAAUAUGACAAAUGCAAUUGAAGAACAGGGGAUGAAAUUAUACCCAUUGAUUGAUAAAGAUAGAGUGGAGAAGAUGAUGGUGAUGAAUGAAACAAGAAGAAAACUCGGAAGUUUCCAGAUUUGUGCACCUUGCACUUGUUGUGGAGCUAAAGGUUAUUGCUUGCCUUCACCUUGUUGCUAUGCUAUCAAUUGCAACAUACCAAAUAGGCCCUUUGGAUUUUGUUCUUUCACUCCUAAGGUUUGUAAUUGCUUUGGUUGCCAUAUUUAAAACCCCUAAGGGGUUUUACCCGACUCGAAUCGAAAUUAGUCGGAGUGGAUUAGUUUAUAAAAUUAAAAGAAAAAAAAAAAUUACUCCUUAAUUUUUGUGGGUCUAAAUAUGAAUCCUGUUGGUAAGUGUGAAUGGGAAGAAUAUCUCUGUUCUAGCUAUGUCCUUUUUUUUUUUUUUUUUUUUUUUUUUUUUUUUUUUUUUUCAUUUUACCAAUUAAUGUUUAUUAUGCUCAUUGUUAUACUGGGACAGCUAUUUCCAGGUAUGGUUUUGCUACUUCUUAUGAUUUUUGUCAGUCUGUCUGAUCAAUUUCUUGGGAAUUGGUGAAAAAAAAAAAAUUGACCCUCAUAAGAAAGAUUAAAAAAAAAAUAAAUAAAAAAAAAUAAGUAGCAAAAGUUUGCUUGGAAAAAGCAAUGACCCAAAAUUUAGCCCUAGAUUAGUUUUAUAUUAGUAGUAAUUGAUUAAAGUGCAUAGUGGAGAUUGUGAUUAAUGUAAUUGUGGAUUAUACAAGUUUAUGAUAUUUGUUUAUGUAUUGUUUCUUAUUACUUUGAUGUUAGAAUCUUUGUAGUGGACUAAAAAGAAGAUUGAUUGUAAUUAUAUAUAGUCCCAUUAGUUGACCUUUA